UCACUCGGCGCGGCGCACCGCUCCGGCCAGACCUUCGCAGCACUCCUCUCGGCUCACACUGGUCAGCACCGCCCCUGCAGCAUGUCGCCCUCCGUGAGCUCCGCCGGCGCCGCCGCGUGCGUCGCCCUCGCCCUGCUGCUCGUCAGCUCGACGGUCGCCGCCCCCGCCGCCUCCUCGACCACCACCAGCGCGCCCGCACCCGCGCCCGUGGCCGCCAUGCCCGAAAACACGCCGCUGCAGCCGGGCGAGGAGUUCUACGACCAGCGGCAGAACGGGUCGGAGAACUACCGCAUCCACAUGGACGGCAUGGUGGUGGUGGUGGCGCCCCCAGAGGCCCUCAUGUCCGUGGCGGGAGCGGCGGGCGCGGCCGGCGGCCAGGGCGGCCAGCUCGAGCAGCAGCUCCUCGACAUCGUCGCGCAGCAGCAGGCCGCCGGCGUCGAGGACAACGACGUCAAGCCCGGCAAGCCCGGCGCCAAGCCCCCGCAGCCCUGCGUCGAAGGCACCCCCGGCUGCAAGAAGCGCCGCCCCGCCGGCAGCCUGCCCGCAAAGUCGUAAGCAUUCGCUCGUCCGUCCCGUAUCCCGGCGCCGAAGGCGACGUCGGGAGUUGACGUUUUCACAAAUCAUUGUACGCCCCAGCGGGGAUUCGAACCCAGGACGUCUCUGUCAUCAACAGGGGGAGAUUUCAACAAGAGGUUGUUCACUUGAACGUGCACAGUUGUUGUACAUGCACCGGGUAAAAUGGCGAGAUGGCGUCGGUAAAAAUGCGGGCUUGCCUACAGGUGCCUUGGCGCCUUACGGCCGGAGAGGGUAGGCAAGCCAGUUCACACCGGCGUCUUCCCUGUUACUUCCGGUCCAUGCACUUGUAGAGGAGGGAGGUGUCAAAGUUGUGUAUCACCGCUUGCAGGACAAUUUUAUUCAUAUCGUAAAGUUCGCUACAAAAUAGGCACAACGGAUCACCAUUUUUUGGUAAAUCGUGGGUUCAAAGGUUAUAUCCCUCGCACGCAUAUUUGUCAUCUUCUCACCUUCUAUCAACCACAUUUCAUAAAAGGGGUUCGCUUUUUAUCUUUUCUGGCCUUUUUUCACGACUCUUUUGUUUCCCAUCUUAUUUCUUCUACAACCUUUCGCCUUUCCUAGACC